AUGAAUUUUAUCCGGUGCGUUUUCUUAAUAGUUAUAGUGACAUGGUGUGCCGCGGGGAAGUUGAAUAUGAACCUCUUUUCCAACCUGGUUGAUAUAGAUAAACAAUUUUUGCAGGUUCAUACAAAUGAGUUAAUAGCAAAAUACAUGGAUGAUGAGGACUACAUUGUGUAUGAACAUAUUACGAAGAACAUGCAUUUAAAAAAGAACUACGUUGAAGUGAUAAUCCAGGGUGACUUGAAGAACAAGGGUGAUAAAUGCGUUGACAGCUUUGUCUUCUUGCUUCCAUACCACGAGGCCUUUCAGGCCAGCACCCUCCGUGUGAGAGAUCAGAACCAAAGCGAACUGCGAUACCAAGUCCUGCAGGAGCCGAGACAUGAUGCCAGGGAAAUUCAAGUGGACACCUUCAAUGAGGACUACGACUUGGAGCAAUUCCAAGUGAAGGCAUACAGGGUGACUCUAAAAAGGAGAUUGCACAAGGAUGAAAAGGUUUCUCUCCAUUUUGGAUAUGUCCUGGGACAACCCUACUUUCCAUUCCCUGUGGACAUAUCCCCAGAGGAAGGACAGAAAGUGAUGUUUUACCUUUCCUCGAAAAUUCUUUUGCCUUACGAAGUAGAAGAGAAAGAAGAGUUAAAAAUAUUCCUGUGCAAAAAUUGUUCCAUUGUGCGGAUUGAGGAUGACAAUUUUUUGCGGAGCUUUGUAAAGGUCAAUGAUGACACAUAUGUUUGUGAGAAGACUGAAGGAAGAACAGUGGGUGAGCUUCCCCGGGGGGUGGAAGAGACCUUCCGAGAUGAUCAAAAGGAGUUCGUUGCAAAGGAGAGCAAACUGGGCCCAUUCAUGCUCGGGCAAAAAGUUCUAUUUUACUUCCGCUCCAACAACCAUUUAGGCUACUUCGAGCAAGUUACCAAAGACAUAAAAUUAUCUCAAUUGGGUUUUGUGUACGAGCGGGAAGAAUACAUCCUGAGGAACGAUGCAGGAAGGAUACACACAUUUGAUAGAUACCUUCUUAGCGAUUACGAAAAUAGACACACGUCGGAGGAGAAAGGGAAUGGAACAGACACAGACACUGAUACGGACGAUCAAUCCACAACAAUUAUUUACUCCAUGAAGUCCAAAAUAAAUUACGACAUAUAUGAUUAUGAAUACUUUGAUGAUCUCGGCAAAAUAUAUCUCAUCCAAGCGGAAGAAAUCUUUGAUCGUAAAAAAAGAAAAAGCCACAUUCAGUUUGACUUAAGGCCCAGGUAUCCCCUUUUGGGUGGAUGGAGAGCUCACUUUUUUAAUGCCUUUUAUCAUGAGUCCAAUUUGUAUAGAAUUAAAAACAAGGAAAAUUAUUAUGCAUACAGAAUAGAUAUUUCCCCAUCCAUCAAGUCAUUUUUUAUAAAGCAGCUGAAAGUCAGAAUUUCGCUUCCCCCCUUCUCCGACGACGUUGCAGUUGUUUCAAGGGACGACCGUGUUAAUGUCCAGACCAGCAAACAAAAGGGGUGGCUCGAUUUGUUUUCCUUCCGAAAUGUCGUCGAAAUUCAAAUAGAGAAAUUCUUCCCACCAAUGGACGAGAACUACUACCAGGAUUUUCUCGUCAUGUACAAAUAUAAAUUUUUCAACCUUUUUUGGAAACCUCUCCUCGUCAUCCUCAUCACGUUCGCCGCGAUCCUCCUGCUCUGCUUCUUGCGCGAGCUCCCAUUUAACUUCAACACUGAGAAAGAGAACGCGGACAAGAAGGAGAUCGAAGAGCGCGCCAUUUUCCUCGAGAAGUGCAAAGAGCUGUACGAGAAUUUGUCCUACAUAUCAGAUCAACUGAUCCAGUCAAUCAGCAACCUGACUCCCGAGGAGAAGAUCAACCAGAAGGUACAACUCUUGGAAGCAGAAGAUAAAUGGACAUAUGAUUUUAUCUACUUCACGAAAGAAUUCUACACAAAUUUCGAAAGUUCCUCGAGGAAUGAGUCCCUGCAGAACUACAUGGACAAGUGUUUUAAUUAUCACGCCAUUGUGAAAAAGUACUUCGAGGCACAGCUCCUUAACGACUUGAACUCCAACUUGAACGAAGUCGCGCAGGCGGAAAAGGAGCUCUUGCUUCUGUUAAAGUACACGUAG